AUGUACGAACCCACCGCCUCGUUAAAUCUUCACCGUCUGAGCAGGCAAAGCCUCCAGAAACGUUAUGAGUCGGACGAAGAAGAUGUAUCUGAGUCUGAGGCUGGCGCUCAGGACUUUGUCCCCUCGCUUGUAGGCUCUCAAAGAGCCGGUACCUUCGACUCUGAUCUAAGCGCCGACGAGAACUCCCAGGCCGACCCAGACUCGGAUCGAGACGAACAGCUGCUCUCCCCUUAUUCUACAGCCAAAAGGCCCCGACCGGUGUCUAUGGAUACCGUCAAGCGGAACAGUAAUCCCAACUUUGGUGACGAUGCCUAUGUCUUCGACCCUGAAGAGGAAAUGGUUUUUGAGCUGCCCUCACCGGAUAGCCCGCCGAUGGCCUCGAGCCUUUACUUGCAGCCUGCGAUCUAUGUCCGUCCUGAUUUACCACCCGCUCACCCAAAGCCUAGGUCACGAUCUCCGUCGCCGUCAUCCAUCUUCUCCGUGGAGAGUGCCGAGAUUCAGACUGCAAAGAAGGUUACCAUGAUAGAGCCACCUACUCGUCCUACCGUGGUGUUCAUCAACGCUAUCGGCGUACGCUCAAAGGCUGCCAGAUCCAGGCCCAGUCACUCUCGAACCAGAGCAAAUCCUCGGGAUAGGGGGUCGCGCAUGUUCCCCGAUAUGACUGAGAGCAGCCUCAAUGUACCUCGCUUGGCCGAGAACCAGGCCACCUCCCUUCGGCCCUCAGAGACACACGGGAAGCGUGAAGGGCAAAAAAGCCCCAAACCCGCUAUGCUGCCGGCCACCACCCCAUCCAUGCAAAGCGCCACCAUCAACCGAGUGUCUGAGAUACCCGUGCUGCCCUACAUUCCCCCAUCACCUCAACUUCGGCCACAAUCAAUGUACCGAUCACGGCCACGCACAGCAGGCUGCGAGAAAUCCUUCCCAACACUACUCAACCCUUCCCGCACCCGCCGACCAACAGACCUAAGCCACCGUCCAGCCUCCGUCCGCACGAACAGCAACGGCAGCGUGCCAUCCUACUCUCGCCCGGCCUCCCCUUUAUCAGACGACAUCCGCCCAGGCUACAUCGUCGAUCACAGCGAAACAGCCUCUCUGUACUCUAAUCCCUACACCUGCAGCCCGGCCUCUUCACCUCGUCCACCCAGCCACUUCUCCAAGCGCAGUAUGAGCAAUAUGCUAGCUCAAAAGUCACCCAUGAUGCGCCGCAUGACCCGCAAGCAUUCCGCCACAUCCAGCAUUGCCUCAUUGGCCAGUCUGCGUUCCGAAAUGGAUGCUCCAGCUCCCAUCCCUGCUGCUGCAAGCCAGCCGAGCUUGACUUCAAUGAAUUACGAGUCUCGCGUUGUGCGAAAACCGAGUCAACGCCGCCAUGGGAGGCAUAAUAGCUCUGCUUUUGGUGGACGGGGCUUUAUGGGGCUGAAACUUGGGAAGAGGUCUUUUACGAAAGCCUAA